UAAUAUAAAAGGAUCAUCAUUGCGUGAAGAGGCUGUUCAUUUCUUCCACUCCCGUUUACAUAUCAUGUCUAUGAAGAAACUGUACAUUGGUUCCCUUUUGGGCGCCCUGCUACUGCAUUCACUCAUGGUUGAGUUGGCCGUUUGUUCCUCAAACUUCACUGAUCAAUUGGCUCUCCUCUCCUUCAAAUCCUCAAUCAACUUUGAUCCCAAUAAUGUGUUGAGUAACUGGACACAAGAAACCGACUUUUGUGGCUGGCCGGGGGUCUCUUGUAGCCGACGUAGGCAAAGAGUCACGGGUUUGAUCCUUCGCGGCAUGGGUCUCCAAGGCACCAUAUCUUCUCAUGUCGGUAAUCUUUCCUUCCUCCAAGUGCUCGAUCUACGCAACAACAGCUUCCAUGGUCAUCUGACCGAUGAAGUUGGCCGUUUGCAUCGCUUGAAAAUUCUCAGCUUAAUGAACAAUACGUUGGAAGGGGGCAUCCCAAUGGGUUUACACCGGUGUCGGAUGCUUUUUUCCAUAUCUCUUGCAAGAAAUAAUUUUAGCGGUAGCAUACCAAAAGAGUUGAGUACAUUACCCUUUUUGAGAUAUCUUGUACUGGCAGAAAAUAACCUUACAGGUACCAUUCCACCAUCCUUCGGCAACACUACAAGCUUACAAGGGCUUGGGUUACAAUUUAGCAACAUUCAUGGAAGAAUUCCAACUGAAUUAGGACAACUUCCAAAUCUGCAGAUAAUUUCCUUGAGUGACAAUCUUCUCACAGGUACAAUUCCGCCUUCCUUUGGCAACACUUCAAGCUUAAAAUGGUUUGGCUUGGCAUAUAACAACAUUCAUGGAACAAUUCCAACUGAAUUAGUACAACUUCCAAAUCUGCAGAUAAUUUUCUUGAGCAGCAAUCAUCUCACAGGUACCAUUCCGCCUUCCUUUGGCAACGCUUCAAGCUUAAAAUGGUUUGUCUUGGCAUAUAACAACAUUCAUGGAAGAAUUCCAACUGAAUUAGGACAACUUCCUAAUCUACAAGAAUUUUACUUGGGCUUCAAUCGUCUCACAGGUACCAUUCCGACUUCCUGGGUAAAUACUUCAAGCUUGAAAUUUAUUGGCUUGGCACAUAACAACAUUCAUGGAAGAAUUCCAACUGAAUUUGGACAACUUCCUAAUCUAUGGAGAUUUGACUUGAGCUCCAAUUCUCUCACAGGUACAAUUCCGCCUUUCUUUGGCAACACUUCAAGCUUAGAAUGGUUUGGCUUAGCACAGAACAACAUUCAUGGACGAAUUCCAACUGAAUUAGGACAACUUCCUAAUCUGCAGACAUUGUACUUGAGCUCCAAUAAUCUCACAGGUCCAAUUCCAUCUGGGUUGUUUAAUAUUUCGUCAUUGUCGCACUUACUCCUUGGUGCUAAUCGACUCAAUGGUCAGCUCCAAGAAUUCCCAAAUAAUUCAUUGCAAUUGUUAUAUUUGAGCAUCAAUGAACUAAGUGGCCCCAUCCCACCACUUGUGGCGACAAACUUUUUAAUCUCACACAAUAAAUUCACAAAGAUCCCUUCAGCGAUUUGCAAUGUGAGUUCCAUUGAGAUCCUUGAUUUGUCUCAUAAUAGCUUGAGUGGUGUAAUUCCACAAUGUUUAGGAAACUUCAGCACUGUACUAAGUGUGUUAGAUCUUAGUAUGAAUAACUUUCACGGUAGCAUUCCGACCUCAUUUCCAGAGGGAAACAAGUUGAGGACUAUUGAUUUAAACGGGAAUCAAUUGGAAGGGAAAGUGCCACGAUCCUUGGCAACAUGUAGACGCUUGGAAGUUCUAGACUUCGGGAACAACAAUAUAAAUGACACAUUCCCCUACUGGUUGGAAACCCUUCCAGAGUUGCAAGUCCUUGUCUUUCAAUCCAAUAAAUUUCAUGGUCCCAUGGGCUCUUCCAAAACUCAACUACCCUUUUGUAAACUUCGAAUCUUGGAUCUCUCUCACAAUGAGUUUAGUGGCUUUUUGCCAACAACAUAUUUCAAGCAUUUCAAAGCUAUGGGGAUCAUCAAUGAAAGUGUGGGACUGAGAUAUAUGGGGGAAUCUUAUUAUGAUGAUUCAGUGACAAUCAUGAUAAAGGGUCUUGAGAUUGAAUUACCAAGAAUCCUAACAAUUUUCACGACGAUUGACUUAUCACACAACAAAUUUAGUGGAGAGAUUCCAAAUGUCAUCGGAAAGCUUCAUGCACUUCGAUUGCUUAACUUAUCUCACAACAACCUUGUUGGCAAUAUCCCUCCAUCAUUGGGAAAUCUAUGUUCGCUUGAAUCCUUGGACCUCUCUUCAAACCAACUUUCGGGUAAGAUUCCUAGCCAAUUGACAAGUCUGACAUUUCUUGGAGUCUUAAAUUUUUCAGAAAAUCAUCUUGAGGGUCGCAUACCUCGUGGCAACCAAUUUGAAACAUUUGAUAAUAGCUCAUACAAUGAGAACUUGGCAUUGUGUGGGUUUCCUCUAUCAAAGGAAUGUGAACAUAAUAAGACACCACUACAUCCAACACCUCUGUUGCACAAGGAAGAUGAUCCAACUUUUGCACGUGGAUUUAGUUGGAAAGUGGUACAAAUGGGGUACGGAUGUGGAAUGGUAUUGGGAUUGGUAAUGGGAUAUAUUAUGUUCUUAAUUGGAAAGCCAAAAUGGUUUGUAAGAAUUGCUGAAGGAGAACAACAGAAGAAAUGGAAAAGGUCACACAAGGGUGGUAACAGACACGGAGGAAGAAGAAAGUAGCGAACACAAAUGUCAUGUCAGGUAAGUAGUAUUUUACCUUUUUUUUCAUUGUUAGAUGAAUAGAGAACUUUUUUAUAAUGGCAUAAAGCUUAAGUGAUGUUUCUCUCAUUGUAUAAUGCUACAGAAAUAAGUAAGAUUUGUGCAAAAAAUUCUCCAUUCACUUGAGUAACUUUAAAUAAGCUUACUGAUAAAGCAGUUUGAAAUGCAAGCUUUGCACAAGGUAAUUAAAAUGCGUAGAGUUAUUAGA